UCUCCUCUCCAGGUCGGUUUUAGAGAAAAAUUGUUGAUUGCGCGCUAUACAACUUUAGUUCUAAUUAUAAUCUAAUUGCCGGUGCGUGUCAAAAGACAGUGGAGCUUAAGGUGAGGAUGUGCUGCACAGGUUGCGAGAGGGUCGUCAGACAUGCUCUCGUGAAGGUUGACGCGGUGGAGGUGGAGAUGGAGAUGGAGAUGGAGAUGGAAAAGGUGACGGUGACGGGGUACGUGGAGCGGGGAAAGGUGCUGAAGCAGGUUCGCCGGAGUGGGAAGAAGGCAGAGUUCUGGCCGAACACGGACUUGCCGCUCUACUUCACGACGGCGAAGAACUACUUCGAAGAUGAGUACUCGUAUAGGGGCAGCUACAACUACCGGAAGCACAGAUACAAUGGGGACCGACACGGCCUGGUGCCGGAGAUCCACCGCGGCGACGACCGCGUCAGCAACUUGUUCAACGAUGACGACGUGAACGCGUGCAGCAUCAUGUGA